UCUCUAAUUGAAAACGCAGCAGAAACAGUCGUGAAUAUUGGUUUGAUAAGAAACAGAAUUUGUUUGAGCUAGCCUUUAAAAAACUUAAUUCGAAAUGAGCGAUCGAAAAGCUGUGAUCAAAAAUGCCGAUAUGGCCGAAGACAUGCAACAAGACUCGAUCGAAUGUGCAACUCAAGCCAUGGAGAAGUUCAACAUUGAGAAGGACAUUGCCGCUUACAUCAAGAAGGAAUUCGACAAAAAAUACAACCCCACUUGGCAUUGUAUUGUCGGUAGAAACUUCGGUAGCUACGUCACGCACGAGACGAAACAUUUCAUCUACUUCUAUUUGGGACAAGUUGCAAUUCUGCUGUUCAAAUCGGGAUGAAGAACGAUAAUUCGAAUAUAAGCAAAAUUGGACAGUGAUUGUAGCUAUUUAUGGACUUCGAUUUACUUUCCAUUAGCAAUUUGUUUGAUGUGAUUGUGUAAUUUAUUUUGAUUUGAAUAUGA